GUGCCUGCGAGCUUCCGCUUCCAGCGCGGCUCCUGGAGGUAAAUGGCGGGAGGCGUGGAGACCGCCCCUGGCCCGAGGAGGUGUCCUGGAGGUGACAGAACUGGAUCUGGGCUUUGAAAGGGAAGAAUUCCGGAAAGACAACGUGGGGCGUUCCAGUAGUAAUUGACAGAAGUCUUACAUGGGAUGGGAUUUUUUCUCCCCAUACGUCUGAGCCAAUGAACAGAAAAUGGGAAGCAAAACUGCAGCAAAUUGAAGAACGAGCAUCUCAUUAUAAGAGGAAACCACUGUCCUUGGUGUAUAGACCAAGGUUGUCCAAGCCAGAACAACCACCCUCCAUUUGGAAAUUAUUUCAUCGACAAACUCAAGCCUUUAAUUUUGCUAGGAGCUGUAAAGAAGACGUUCAUGUAUUUGCUUUGGAAUACAAAGUGGGAGAUGGACAACGCGUUUACCUUGUAACAACCUAUGCUGAGCUUUGGUUUUACUAUAAAUCCAGAAAAAAUCUCUUGCACUGCUAUGAAGUUAUUCCUGAAAAUGCUGUGUGCAAACUUUAUUUUGAUUUGGAAUUUAACAAACCUGCCAACCCAGGAGCUGAUGGGAAAGAGAUGGUUGCAUUACUCAUUGAGCAUGUGUGUAAAGUGCUUCAAGAAUUACAUAGUGUGAAUUGUUCAGCUGAAGAUGUUCUGAACUUGGAUUCUAGCACUGAUGAAAAAUUUAGCCGCCAUUUAAUAUUUCAGCUCCAUGAUGUGGCAUUUAAAGAUAAUAUUCAUGCUGGCCAUUUUGUAAGAAAGAUCUUGCAGCCUGCUCUUCAAUUAAUUGCCAGUGAAAGUGAUGAUGGUAUUUCAGAGACAACAGGCCAGGGAUUUCCUCAUGUUUCUGAAGGAAUUUCCUUUAACAAAAUGUCCACGGAUAAGGAUACAGAAGGGAGCUGCACUUUGGACUCAGAGACUCUGGAGAGGCUGGGGUCAGCCGAGCCCAGUGGUCCCAGCCUUUCAUUUUCAGUUGUGAAGACUGACACGGGAGAAAAGCAGCUUUUUGUAGACCUGGGAGUUUAUACAAGAAAUAGAAAUUUUCGGCUAUAUAAAUCAUCAAAAAUAGGAAAGCACGUGACUUUGGAGAUUGCUGAAGAUAACAAAUUUUUUCCUACACAGUCAAAAAAUAUUUCUGAAGAAUAUCAGUAUUUUCUCUCUUCUUUGGUCAGCAAUGUCAGAUUCUCCGAUACUUUGAGAAUUCUUACAUGUGAAACAUCUCAGAAUAAGCAAAAAGGAGUUGAAUAUUUGAACAGUAUGAGCACUUCAGGAGAAACCAUCCAAGGUUUUCAGUGUUCACCCUACCCUGAAGUUGAUCAUUUCGUCCUUUCCUUAGUGAAUAACCAUGGCAUUAGAGGAGGAAUUCGGCGUUGGAACUACUUUUUCCCAGAAGAAUUAUUGGUUUAUGAUAUUUGUAAAUAUCGCUGGUGUGAAAACAUCGGAAGAGCCCACAAGAGUAAUAACAUCAUGAUUCUCGUUGAUCUGAAGAAUGAAGUUUGGUAUCAAAAAUGUCAUGAUCCUGUAUGUAAAGCAGAACACUUCAAAUCUGACUGUUUUCCAUUACCUGCUGAAGUAUGUCUCCUGUUUCUUCUCAAAGAAGACGAAGAGGCUACAACAGAUGAAGCAGAUGGAACUAGGGACGGUGAAGCCAAGAGUCCUUUUGAACCAGCGCCUGCUGAGCUGACAACACGCCUGUCUUCUGACGCUGACUGGGAUAAUGAUAUCGAUGAUGCUUGUUUUUUAGAAGCUACUGAAGAUGCUGAAUUAGCUGCAGCUGCAGAGAACAGUUUCAGUUACAGUAGUGUGGCUGAUGAAAUUCCUGAUGAACUGAUCAUGGAAGUACUACAAGAGUAGCUCAUUAACUAGGGACACAUAUCACCAGGCUGUCUGAAGUCUGUGAGACUUGGUGACAUAAACAUAUUGUAUAAACUUAUUAUUAAACCUGUUAUUAUCAACUAAGUUUUAUCGUUUUGUUUUCCAAUGUUUGUUUUUUACUUCAGGAAACCAAUUUUGUUGAAAAUUAGCUUUGGUGUAUUUAAAUUAAGUAGAACUCUCCUUAUUAACUAACCAAA